AUGACCAAUCAAAUUAAAAAUAGUGAAAUGACCGAUCAGGGUGAAAAAAUAUAUAACGAAUUUAUAUUGGCAAGCAAUUAUGCAUCAUUCGAUACUGUUGAAGAUUUUUUAGCUACUGACUUACCCGAAUCUCCUCAAAACGCACUAAGUGAACUCAAUCAAAAUGUGCAAAAGGAAGGUCAAACGAAUCCAGAAAGUGAAAUCCAAGUUGUAAAACAGAGAGAAGGUCAAAUUAAUAAAGUAAUUGAAGGUCAAAACCAACAAAUGAAUAAAGAAGCAUUGGAAAAAUUCCUUACCGGCAAUGUGUUUCAUAAUUGCACUUUUAAUUUCGG